UUUAUAAAAUAUUUAUCAGUAUAUACAUUUUAGCUCGUCGCACUCACAUUAGCAUACGGCGCAAUUUUGUAUAGAUUAACAUUUUGGCGGCAAACAGAUGCUAUUGUUUGGGUAUGUUGUACAGUGCGCGACAAUGAAUGGAAAAUAAAUAUGCGAAAUAACUUUGGUUUGCACUCAAAUCUAAUCACAAAAUAGAAAAAAAAAAAAACAAAAUACCCAACAAAGCUCAUCAACAUUAUCGGCAUCAACAGUGGGAUCGGCAAAAAAAGCGAACAGAAUAGAGAAAUAAGGAAAAAAGGAAAGGGAGAAAUCAACGCAAACAAAUAAAUAUAAUUAAUAUUUUUGUUGUUAUAAAUAUGUGGGAUAAUUGUACUAAACAAAAUAAAUGUAAUAUUUAAUAAUCUAUUAAUAUGGAAUCAAUAGUGCUGCAUUCGGAUAUCGCGCGUCUAGUUUUGGGCUAUUUUGUAAAUAACAAUUUGUGGCGUGUGGCACUCACACUCUGCCGCACUUCGCCUCAUCUACAUCAGGAGUUCAUUGCCUUGCGACAGGGCCUGCAGCCGCACAACUUUCUUAAUGGCGGCCUGGAGGACAUCAUUCGGGAGCACGUCAAGAUCACAAGCUUAGUGGCCAAUGCGUUGAAGAAGCUGCCAAUCGACACUCGCCAACGCCUGCAGCAGCUAAAACUAUCCGAGCGAGUUCACGAGCUACUAAAGCUGGAACAACUAACAAAAACAACAACAGAAUGCAGCAAAGAUAGCGCUGCUGGCAUACAAAAUACUAAUUCAAAUAUGCAACGUAAGAGACGACGCGUACGCGUUCAUACACUGUCAUUAGAUGGGAAGCAAGCGAAAUCAGCUUCACCUUCACCUUCAGAGCGUGUUAGCUGCAAACGUCGACGUCUAUUGGAUCCGCAUCUCUACUGCAGCAUAGGGCCCAACGAUCACGUGGAAGAGGAGAAUGAAUCGCUGGAUAGUAGCACCGGUAGUGAUAUUACAAGUGAACAUACAGACGAUACGAUAAAUUUUAGUCAUGGACAUGGGCAUGGACCCAAAAAUAAUUCCACUCCUCGCACAGCCACCAGUGAAGAAGCUGAGGUAAUGAUGCCAACGCCACAAACAAUGCCGGAAAUAACGCACGCCAUCAUGACCAAUCGCGAAUUUCAGAAUAAGCUACUGAACAAUAUUAACAUGGCUCUGCAAUCGCUGACGGUGCAUGCACCAACGGCAGAGUCUGUAAACUCGGAGGCGGUGCUAGAUGGUCUAGUAAGAAAUAUAUUAGAGGCAACUGAGAAGGAUCCAUCAUUUGAUCGCGUUAUUCAAGAAGUAGUAGGAAUGAAUACAACAUCAAAUGAGCCCAUACCAGCAACAGUAGGAGCAGCGAUGGCAACUGCAGCGACUGAAGUGGAGCCUGCACCGCCUCAAACACCACUCAUAAUUCGCACAGCGGUAGCGUCAGCUAAUGCGGCUGCGGCAUCUGUCAACGCUAAUGGAGAUAUCAAUAUGGUGAAUGGCGGCAAUGCCAUCAUUCAGUUGAAUGGGAAUAGCUCGAUUGGUACGCUGAUUGAUCCCAAUUUCAGCAUAUCCAAGCUUAUAGUGCUCAACUCGAAUGAGAGCGCAUUGAAGCAGCAGCAGCAGUCGACUGCAAAUCUAAGCUUUGGCAGCGAAAAUCUCAUCAAUUUAACCGAUAAUGGUUCAACUUUGGCAGAUGCAGAUGCUGUUGCCAAUGUCGCUGCUGUUGGCGGCGGCCAGGUGUGCGUGGACGCAACCAAUGGCCAGCUAACGUUUCCCAUGUUUCUAUCUAAUGAGGGGCUGCUCUCACAUUUGCCAUUUUUGGUGAACAAUGAGUGGCUGGCGCAGCAGCUACGCUCCGAUGCUUUCACCAACAUGGACGUCUCUCAUAUUGAAAUACCUCUGCCUGAACCAAUUACGGUUGCAGCCAAUCAGCUCCCACCCAAUUCGAUAAUCAUUAACAGCGCUGCCAAACAGCUACAGGCGACAGUGGAGGGGCCAUCAGUAGAGCCACCAACGCAACUAAUUGCGGAUCUGGCAAAGACAAUGACUGGCAAUACGACGCUGCUCGAGCGCUCUGCCAGUAAAGUGUCCAACACCAGUGCUGUACCCGCCUCGCUAGAUUCGUCGCGUCUGGUGCAGGAACGCAUGACGCCUUCCACGUCAGGCAUUGUGAAUGAUAAGGCAUUUCGCAGUCUUUCGACACCUCGCAAGCGCACCUCACAUGUACGAACACUUAAUUUCUCGCCAAAAGGAAUCACAAAUAUGCAUGGUGCGCCAUUAUCCAUGCGGCGUCUACAGCAAAAGCAACAAACUCAGAGGCGAACGGUGCUCAAAACACUCAAGGAGAAAAUUGCUGAUGAGUUAGAUGAAAAUGUUGUACAGCCAGAGAAGAUAGUAAUCAUAAAAAAUGUUGAGAUUCUACCAAGUUUUAGUAGGACGCCCUCCGCCACACUAACUACGACCGCAUCUGAAGCAGACGCAGUUGCAUCGGCAAAUGCUGCUACAUCUGAAACAACACCUGCCGAUAUGAGUGGCAAUGAAAGCAAUGGUUGCGUGCCGCCGCUCUUUGCCAUGGAGGAAUGCAGCAACCAGACGGUAAUUAAAGCAGUCACAGCAGCCAAGCAUUUGAAGCAGGCUACUAAGUCUUCUGUCCCAAUGGUGGCCACGCCCAAGCGUAUGCAAAAGCGUCGAGCUGCGGCCAACGCAUGUAAACGCAUCAUUUCGCAGGUGACAGUACAGGACGAUCCGAGUGAGCAGCACCAUGGGGAGAAGGGGGCUUCUAGUUCAUUAGAUGACAGCAAAGAGAAUCAAAAGUUGCCAACAACACAGCAGCCAAAGGUGACUGAACAGAAGACCGAACUGAAUGAAGAGAAGGAGGAUCUGUUGGCCGCUUGGCAGCGUCAGAUGAAUAGCACUAGCAUGGACUUAGAGUUGCGUUUACGCGAGAUCAACGCCAAGCGCCAAGAGGUGUUCCUAAAUAAAACGCGUGUGCGUCGAAUUAGACCUGUAGCGGCCAACAAAAAGAAAGCUCUCUCCCUAUCCUCGCCAUUUGCACCGCUCACCGCGAAGAAGAGAAGCCAAAAGCAGAAGAAACAGCAGCAGCAGUUGAGCAGUAACAAUGUCGAAGGCGAGUUAAUUGUAAAGAUAACAACGCCACAGAAGUCGCCAUUAAAACCGAAAGUUGGAAGCCAGGAUGUUAAAGAAGCGAAUGAAAUCAAGAAGCCCAAGGAGUCCAAGAAGAUGAAAGAUAAUAAGCCAUUUAAUGAAAUUAUCAAGUCAGAUCAGGAACAUAAGCACGAGCCUGUGAAGCAGGUACAACAUACCACACAGCAAGCUGAGGCUGGAAAAAUGGAUAUAAAAGACAAACCAGUUGAUCGUAAUAUGGCCAACAUGGCGGCUCUUUUGGAGACACCGUUUAAAGUGACACUAACAGAAGCCGAUAGUGAUGUACCGCCCACACCAGGGCCGACAUUGAUGGAUACGCCCUAUGCUAAACUGGUGCCGUCUACUUCGUUUCUGUUUGGCAGCGAUACAAAGAGCAUACUAGAUACGCCCAUGCUGACGGCCGUUACGCCAGGCAUGCGCCUAACGACACCUUUUGGUCAUGCACUGGGCACGCCGCACAGCAGUGCGGCAAAAACGGACUACUCCGGCGGCAGUUCCUAUUAUCGUCCAGAUGAGGCCGAACAUACGGACACAAAUGCACAGUGCGCCCUGCCAUCCACGUCCCCCAGAGACCUUGUCGAGCAGAUACCCAAGCAGACCACAACUUGCUUUGAGCUGUACGCUGAGCGGUUGCCUGUCGAGCCGAUGAUGCUACGUCGCGUCCGCUCAUUUGGCAGCGAAGCAGUGGACAGUGUCGAGGGAGCCGCAGCUUUGACUGGUAAUGGGGAAUCGUCGUCGUUAUUGGUGGAGACCCCACAUUAUAAAUUGGUGGCAGGACUGCCUGAUACCAUCAUAGAUCAUUCCAGUAGCAGUUCAAGUGGCAGCAGCUCUACGUCCUCCAGCAGCUCUAGCUCAUCCAGCAGUGGCAGCAGUAGUAACAGCAGCACCAACAAUACAUCCGCCUCUUCACCAAAAUCCGGCCACUUGACUACCGCUGUGAUGCCUGCGCAAAGGAUAAAACUAUUAGAAUUGGACAAUCUCUCUGAUAUUAGCAGCACUGAGGACGAGGAAUGGCUAAAGGUGGCUGCUGCAUGUGGCUCACUGGAUGCUCCACCGCUCACGAUUGACAGCGAGCCAGCGCAACUUGUUAGCCAGGAUGGCGAGGUGCGUUAUCCCCUACGCAGCUGGUUGACACCAAGCAAAGAAGCCGCUACGACAUCUGUUGCUGCUGCGGAUGCCGACACAAGUGGCGAAAUGGCUCCUCCUGCUUUAGUACCUAUAAAAUUAGUGCAGAAUGUUAAAGCGGUAGAAAUAGUUAGCUCACGAGUGGAGUCCAUUGAGCAGCGUAUAGUGGAUCUAGCCGAGGUGCGUGAGCGCGUGAAGGCAAAGUUUAAACAGGAAACAACGCCAAAAGGGCGACCCAAAAAAGUCAACCAAAAACUGACAGCAAUGCGCGAAACUGCCAAGCAAGCGAAUCCCAAUAUCAAUCACGCAAACAAAUCACCUAAAAAGGAGUGUGGAAGUGCAAAAACGGAGAAAAAAACAAAAGUUACCAGUGCAAUUACAUCGGUAAAGAAUCAGGGCGCGCCGCCAAGCAAACCAGUGAAACCGAAGCAAGCGUCCUGUGAAGCAAUUCGAACCAAUUUGGAAAAGCCAGAACCAUCUAGCAGUAAUCUUGAUCCGGCCCUGCUGUCCGCAUUGAAUCUUAGCGCCAAAAAGCAGCACCAGCAGCACAACAAGUUGGGACGUGCCGCUGUACAUAUUGCAGCUCAGCCUGCUCCCUCGUUGACCACACGUCAACGACGUGGUCGGCCUAAGAAGCCACCAAAUAUUGAGCCAUCGCGCGGAUGCAUGCGACGCUCCUCCCGACUAAUUGACAAUAAAACUCCUGCGCUUGAAGAACCACAGUCGAGCGGUAGUGAGGUAGCUAAACCAGUCAAGCUAUCAAGCAAUAAUAAAAUAACAAAAAAACCAGCUAAGAAACGGGCUGAGGCGCGAAUUGAGACUGCAGCGAUGGCAUUGGCCAUGCUGGCCGAGGCGCACACAACGCAUCAGUCACCGGAACAACUGCAGCCCCGGAAGCACCCGCCAAUAUCGAGCACAGGUCCAGUUACCAGUGGCGACUACGAUCUAGACAUGUGCCUGAGCACCAGUCAUGUGAUCAACACAUUUAGCUUUGCCUAUGCCGACAGCGGCAGCAAAGCGGUGCAUCGUGUGCUCCGCCAGCCGCCCGCGUUCUUCAAGAAUUUUCAAAUGCGCAUCAUGGUGGACAGUGAGUUACAUAACGUUCGCAUAACGAGUCCACUGUUGCUUCAUCAGUCACUGGGCGCCAGUGCCGAGGACAAUGCGAAUCCCACUGGCAUACGAAACAUACCCAAAAAACGCAUCAUUCGUUUCACCAGUGGAGGUAGCAGCCAUGCGCUGGCAGCGACUCAAGACAUGCCUAUGGCGUCAUCUACACCAUUAGCAAGAAAUACACAGAACGAGGAGCACGAUGAAAACGACAUAGAAGUGGCCUCCAUUAACACGCUAUUGACAGCUAAUUCAAGUGAGGAACAGCAGAUGGAGGGGCACGAUGCUGGUGUUCAGAUCGAGGAUAUUGAAUCUAUACUAUCGCACCUACAUGGAACAUAAUACGAGCGGCUUCUAUAUGGAAUAUAUAUAAAAAAUAAAUAUAUCAAUUAAAUUUUUUUUCUUUUUAUUAACGUUCGCAUUAGAUAAAAUUUAAAUGAUCUUGAUUAUUAAUAACCAAGAUUUAUGUAUGUUGUACUCACGUAUUGU